UCAUUCACAUCAAUCAAGCCAAAUAAACCUAACACAUUAUUAUCAAUCCAACCAAGAAAUGGGGUGUGGCCAGUUUGGAUCAGCUCUAGCCAUAUGCAUAGUUUUGAUGAUAAUUGUAUCGAUCCCGGUCUCAGCUCAGAGCCCGAGCCUAAGUGACUGCGCUAUAGAGAGAAAAAAUGGCAUAAAAGCAUGUAAGGGAGUGAUUUUCGGACAAUUUCCUUCUGCCUACUGUUGUAAGCUUGUUAGAACUUUUCACUUUGAAUGUGCUUGUCCCGUCUUCGAUGCUAAGCUGGCUGCUCUUCUCGAUGUCAAAAAGGCAUCGAAGGUCCUAAGAGACUGUCAUCGGGCUGUCCCACGCGGAUUGAAGUGUGGAAGCUUAUAUUUUCCAUGAAGAUAAAUUUGAUGAUGAAAACUUGAGGGUUGCUGAUUGUGUGGUUGAGAGAUGUGUGAGAUUAUUUGCAUGUAUUAUAAAUAAAUUUGAACUUGUUUGUAUGCCUCAUAAAUAAAUUUGAGAAGUUGCUUUUCUCUUUGUUACA